UCAGGAAGAGUGGUGGGUUUUUCGGACGCGGGUGUUGGUGCCUCAAGGCAUUACCUGGGAGAUCCAUAGACAAUAUGGUUGACUUUGCACACAAGGUCGAGAAGAUUGGAAAGGAUGACCCAUCUAUGGUGGCUUUGGCUCCUCUACUAUGUCCGCUAUCUUAACAGUGGUAGUCGUCUUCGAAUUUAGUGUUGGGGCUAAAUUGGGUAAAGGAUUUAAUCGAGCGCUGGCAACAUUUUUAGCUGGUGCCUUAGGAUUUGGUGCUCAUCACUUGGCAACUCUAGCCGGAGACAAAGGGCACCCUGCAAUUCUUUGGUUGUUUAUCUUCCUUCUAGCGGUUGUAGCAUUGUUUAUCCGCUUCUUUCCAGGGAUCAAAGCACGAUAUGAUUAUGGGGUAUUGAUGUUUAUACUAACAUUUUGUUUGGUAUCGGUAUCUGGUUAUCGAGAAGAUGAGAUCUUAGAACUUGCACACAAAAGGGUAUCAACUAUUGCUAUAGGUUGUUUAACGUGUGUGAUCUUUGUGUUCCCUGUAUGGGCUGGUCUUGACUUACACAAACUGAUUGCUCGCAACAUAGAAAAGCAAGCAGAUUUCUUACAAGGAUUUGGAGAACUAUAUUUCGGAACAAAGAGGGACAUGGAUAUGUCAUGGCUUCAUGGAUACAGAAGUGUUUUGAAUUCUAUGACAGCUGAAGAAGCAAUGGCAAAUUUUGCUAGAUGGGAGCCAGCUCAUGGAAAAUUCAGAUUUGGCCACCCAUGGAAGCCAUAUUUGAAAAUUAGCGGAAUGACUCGGCAAUGUGCAUACAGGCUGGAAGCACUAAGCAACAGCAUCACCUCUGAAAUGAAAGAGCCAUCGGAGUUCAAGAAGAUAAUUACACUGUCAUGCAUGAAAAUAAGCGUUGAGUUAGUUAAAGCUUUGCAGGAAAUUUCCAUGGCAAUCAAGAAUAUGACAUACCCAUUUACAGUUUCCACACAUAUCGUGAAUGCUAAAACUUCUGCUGAGGAUCUGCACAGAGCCUUAGAAGCCAUUUACACUGGAUAACACUAACAUCUUGGAGGAUGUCAUGCCAGCAGCCUCAGUCACUUCUUUACUACUUGAGAUUAUUGAAUGUACAAAAAACAUUGCAGAGUCUGUAAAGGUGCUUGCUUGCUUGGCAAAGUUUAAAGGUGCAGAUCUCGCCAUUUUGCCAGAGAAACAAACAAGAAGAUUGCUUCGCAGUGGAAACAUAAAACCACAUCAUGCCGAAAAUGAUUCAACUCAUGCUUUAAUUAUUGAGUAUGCACCUUCAGCUAUGGUGGAGUGAUAAAAUAUUGUAUGAGCCAGUUAGCGCGAAACUGAGGUGAAAUUUGUUACAUUUCAGUAAAAAUAUCAAUAUAUGUUUUGUUUCUUGGUGAUGAAAGUGAAAAGGGGUCAAUUGUGGAUCCUAGCUUUUAGU